AUGAAGCUACUUCUUCUGUUGGUGUCUUUUGGGCUAUGCUCAGCUCAAUACAAUCCCAACACAAGAGCAGGACGGACAUCUAUUGUUCACCUGUUUGAGUGGAGAUGGGAUGACAUUGCAGCAGAGUGUGAGCGAUUCUUGGGGCCCAAUGGAUUUGGAGGAGUCCAGAUUUCACCACCAAGUGAGAAUAUUGUUCUUAACAAUCCUUGGAGACCAUGGUAUCAAAGAUAUCAGCCUAUCAGCAACAAUCUAUGCUCCCGCUCUGGUAAUCACCAGCAGCUUCAAGACAUGGUGACAAGAUGCAAUAAUGUUGGGGUCUAUAUCUACGCGGAUGUUGUCAUCAACCACAUGUGUGGAGGUGGAGGUGGUGCAGGUACUCAUUCAGCUUGUGGCAGCUAUUUCAAUGCUAAUACAAAAGAUUUCCCUGCAGUUCCAUAUUCUGGCUGGGACUUUAAUGAUGGCAAGUGCAGGACAGGUAGUGGAGAAAUUGAGAACUACAAUGAUCCUUAUCAGGUAAGAGAUUGCCGUCUUGUUGGUCUUCUGGACCUUGCUCUUGAAAAUGAAUAUGUCCGAGGGAAGACUGUGGAUUAUUUGAACAGUCUUAUCAGCAUUGGACUGGCAGGAUUCAGAAUUGAUGCUGCUAAACACAUGUGGCCUGGGGAUCUUAAAAUAAUCACAGACAGAGUGCAAAACCUGAAUACAAGAUGGUUCGCUGGUGGAACCAGACCUUUCAUCUUCCAAGAGGUCAUUGAUCUCGGAGGCGAAGCCAUUUCAUACAAUGAAUAUUUGGGAAUUGGAAGAAUAACAGAAUUUAAAUAUGGUGCCAAGCUUGGAUCGGUCAUUCGCAAGUGGAAUGGAGAAAAGCUGUCUUAUCUGAGGAACUGGGGAGAAGGAUGGGGUUUCAUGGCCAGUAACAGAGCUUUGGUCUUUGUAGACAACCAUGAUAACCAGAGAGGUCACGGUGCUGGAGGAGCCUCCAUUCUCACUUUCUUUGAUGCUCGUCUGUACAAGAUGGGAGUUGGCUUUAUGCUGGCUCAUCCCUAUGGGUUUACACGUAUCAUGUCCAGUUUCAGAUGGCCAAGGAACUGGGUGAAUGGCAAGGAUGUCAAUGAAUGGAUUGGACCUCCAAGUUACUCUGAUGGUUCCACAAAACCUGUCCCUAUUAAUGCAGAUGGGACUUGUGGCGAUGACUGGGUCUGUGAGCAUAGAUGGCGUCAAAUUAAGAACAUGGCGAUAUUUCGUAAUGUAGUGGAUGGGCAGCCCUUCUCUAACUGGUGGGAUAAUGGAAGCAACCAAGUGGCAUUUGGUCGCGGAAACAGAGGAUUUAUUGUCUUUAACAAUGAUGACUGGUACUUAGAUGCCACCCUGUAUACUGGUCUUCCAGCUGGUACUUACUGUGAUGUAAUCUCAGGACAAAAACAGGGCUCUUCCUGCACUGGUCGACAAAUCGGUGUAGGCAAUGAUGGCUAUGCUCGCUUCCAGAUCAGCAACAAUGAUGAAGAUCCCUUUGCUGCCAUUCAUGUUGAUGCCAGACUAUAAAAUGUCAAAGAAAUGAAUUAGCAGAAGUUCUGUUCCACGUGCAAAGAAGUGACCUCUCUGAUUUAGGGAAAACUCGGUCAACAUUAACACAAAUACAGAUCUUCUCUUUCAAAUGAAAAUAAUUUACAACAGACUACUAAGAUGUUCUCUCACUUUACUUGCA